AGCUGUUCUUCAGCCACAGUCUCAGUGUCGCAGAAGAAGCAGCUCAGCUCACCCAGGCAGGCUGCAGUAAACAGAGACGGCAUGAGACUUUCCUCUGCUUCAGAUCAUGGAAAUCUUCGGGAGCACGUUUGAUGAUUCGGUAUUUGAGGAAUCGCGAAAGAGGGAUUUAUCCACAGAUCUUCCCGCAUAUACACCUAAAACCUGCGAUCCAGAGUGGUUUUGUCACUAUGAAAAAUUCGAAGACGAGCUAGAUGAACAGAAAACUCUGAAGUUCCGGGCGGAUCUGAAAUACAGGAAAAAACAAUAUCAGGAAGCUCUAAAGGACUACACAGCAUGCCUUCCUCUGGUGCCUAAUAACAAUCUGUCAAUGAAAAGAGAUGUGUUGGAGGGAAUAGCCCGGUGCUGCAGUCAUCUGGGAAAGAGCAGACAGGCCCUAGAGAUCUGUGAGAAACUGAGGAAGGAGGCGACCAACACGUGCCACCUGACCUGCGUCCUACAGCUGGAACAGAGCAUCCACGAGGGCUGUGGAGACGUGACGAGCGGCAUCUCUAGUCUGAAACAGCUUUGCUCUGUGCAUCCUUUCAACCCUUGGCACUGGCUGAACCUGGCCACGAGCUACCAAAGCCUGCUGGAGUCAUCCACCUCCCUCGAGGAUCUGAAAGACACGCCUCAGACACCUCAGGCCUUCAUUCAGCAGCAGCAGGAGAAGAAGGAGGUGCGGCUGAAGGCGUGCAUGUGUUUUAUUAGAACAAGGCUGCUGAUUGAAAUACUGAAGAUUCAGCAGUUCUCAUUUGUCCUGGAAAGGAGCAAGAAAACCCUUCAGGCCAUUGAGGCAUCUCUGCACAAGAUGCAGCUCAAAGAGGAAACACUCCGACUCAUUUCUGAGGUAAUGGCGGAAGAUCUGAACCCAGAGAAGAUGCGUGAAGAGAACCAGGAUGGUGAGGGUUUAUCAGGUCUUACCAUUAAGGACUUUGAGGGAAGGUGGUGGAACAAACUACAUGCCUGCCUGCUGAUGAAAGAGAAUACAGUCUUAUCAAGUGAUAAGGAAACGGAGACGGGGACACCAAGGACACCAACAUGAACACCAAGGAUUUUACUAUAAAAAUGGAUUUAAAUGUUUGUGUACAGUGAUGCAGGUUUUAAUGAUUUGGUGUUAUGAAGAAUGUUUUGGGAUUUUACAAAUAAAGAUUUUAAAUGUUUACUA